CAUACUAGUAAGGUGUGGGUAACCAUCCACCGAUUGCCUUCCGACUGGGAUGUAACGUGGGAUAUGUCUGGGAAAGAUUCAGAACCGGAACCAGCGCAUAGUGAUGGAGACCACCAUGAAGACGGCGACCAUGAUGACCCUGAUUUGAAAGCUAUAAGGAUGCGAGUACGGGAGAUGGAAGAGGAGACGGAACGCUUGAAGGGGCUGACCGGGGAUGAGACCAAGUCAGAGGAAAAUGCUAAAGCUGGCCCUCCUCGUCCUCUGACCACAGAAGAAAAGCGGGAGGCCGACAAACGCUCAGUGUAUGUAGGAAAUGUGGAUUAUGGAGGCACAGCCCGGGACUUAGAAUCUCACUUCAGCAGUUGCGGGUCCAUCAACCGGAUAACCAUUCUAUGUGACAAAUUUUCUGGCCAUCCCAAAGGAUAUGCAUAUAUAGAAUUUGCAGAAAAGAGCUCGGCGGAAGCCGCCAUGGCGAUGGAUGAAUCUGUGUUCCGUGGACGAACUAUCAAGGUUCAACCAAAGAGGACAAACAUGCCCGGAAUUAGCACUACAGAUAGGGGAGGCUUCCGCGGAAGACCUCGAGGGCUCAGGGGAAACUUCCAGAGGGGUCAGAGGCCCAGGGGUCGUCCGUACAGAGGUCGUGGAAGGACAGGCCAGUGGAAUAAUCUAUACUGAACCUCG